AUGGCCUCCUGUUUGCCGUAUACUGCUGGUGCUGCUAUUACAUGCAGUGAAUUGCACUGCCAUCUUGACUUCGCGUUGCUGGGCUGCUACUUGUUUUCACUCUUCGUUUUUGCUGUAUCAUAUCUUCAGUCACGCAGCCAUGAUAUCCCUCCAUAUACACCCAUCCAUCCUUCAAUUCCUGGUGGCAUAGCGGAAGAAAACGAAACAGAAACAACAUUACGAGAAUCCGCUACCAUCCGGCCUCUACAAGUUGUUAUAGAGGGACUCCUCCUUACCGACCUCGUGCUUGCUCUACUCUUAUUCGUCCUGCGUGGUGAAAGCCAUGGUGGCUGCAUUCUGGAGCUUGUGCCCACGAUAUCCUCCGUUUAUCUCCUCAUCCUGCUUGUGGGAAGGCUAUAUAGUGCUGGCCUUGGCUUCAAAUGGCAUUCCGCCUGCCUUUAUGCCGGGCAAUGGCUCUAUACUCUCUUCAUCACCUGCAUAAUUUUCUCCCAGAGGGACCAUGACAGCUUCAAUAUUACAAUUGUCACUUCUCGCCUUUCGAUAUUCACACUCAUUGGUCUUAUGAACUGUUUGGUACCUAGGGUGGCCCGUCAGUCUCUACACUUGGGAAAUGGCCAGCCAUCAUGCGAUGAGAUUGCUAGCCCCUUUUCAAAGCUAACGUUCUCAUGGAUGGACCAGCUGGUAUGGGCGGCGUUCCGAAAGACUCUUCAUCCCUCCGACCUCGGCUCCAUUAACAGGCAGUACUCCGCUGCUAUUGUGCUGCCUUGGUUCCAGCGCCAGACCAGUCCCUCUUGGCCACUACUAUGGAGACUAUUUUCUGCAUUCAAGUACAGAAUUUUUCUUCAAGGACUAUGGGCGACGCUAAAUAGUAUCACGGUUUUUGUGCCCCCAAUGUUCAUCCAUUAUAUUCUCCAGGAACUUCAGUCGGACACAAAGACUUCUUACAUUUGGCCGUAUGUUGGUGGACUCUUGGUCUUUGGAAUACUUGCAACCCUUGCGGAGUGUCAAUGUAACUGGACAGGAAGUCAAAUGAGUGCACGAAUGCGCACAGUUCUGGUAAGCGAGAUUUACGCCAAAGUCCUUCGCAAGAGCACUACCAGAGUGAAUGGAGACUCUGCGAACUCUGCCAGCAACAGCAUCGGUACCAUCACAAAUCUGAUGUCAGUGGACGCGCAACUCGUUAGCAGUAUGAGCUCAGGCUUGUAUUUUGUCUGGAUCAUCUUCCCCGUACAGAUGGGACUUGGUACAUAUCUGCUUUACCAAUUAUUGGGAAUGAGCGGCAUAUUAGGUGUGCUGGCGAUGUUUCUAAUACCCCUGAAUAUACUGGUGUCUCGGGGAGUUAUGGCAACACAGAACCAGGUUUUGGCCGCCAGUGACGCUAGGAUCCAGGCGAGUAACGAACUCCUGGAGAACAUCUAUACUAUCAAAAUUUGUGCCUGGGAGGAACCCCUCCGUGAUCGCGUCCUACGUUGUCGUGGAAUAGAGAUGCGGCGACAGGCCCUAGAGACCGCAAUUGCCUUCCCAGCGCUUGCAAUCUUCGCAGUGCUACGUAUCCCACUGAAUCGCCUUGCCGAUUCUAUUACCUUUCUGGUACAGGCAUAUAUCUCUCUUACUCGAAUUAGCCGUUUCCUAGAUGAGCAGGAGACGGAUAAAUACCACCAGUUAUCCGAUUCUCACGGAAUUACAGUUGGAUUCAAUGAUGCUACUUUCGUGUGGUCCAUGAGCGAUAAUGCAGUCAGCGAUGCUAGGGAGGACGGUAUGCCAGCGAAGAACAUGCAACCAGUUCUACCAUUACGGUUAGAAAAUCUACAUAUUCAAUUCCAGCCUGAUGGGCUAAAUAUCAUUUGCGGCCCCAGUGGCUCCGGAAAGACUUCGCUUCUACCCGCAUUGCUGGGUGAGAUGGAUCUACUCAAUGGCAAAGUGCUAUUCCCUCGCCCUACAACCCAUCAUUUGACUGACCCUGGGCAAAUAUUCUCUAAUGAUACAUUCUCUGAUGCUACCGCUUACUGCCCGCAGGAGCCCUGGAUUAUGAACCGUAGCAUCCGGGCUAAUAUUGUUCUCGACCUUCCAUUUGACCCUAGUAGGUACGAGACGGUGUUGCACGCCGUUGAUUUAAGAAUGGAUCUAGCUCUUUUUGAUAACGGGGAUAAUGCCUUGGCUGGAGAGCACGGAAGCCGUUUAUCAGGUGGCCAGAGGCAGCGAGUUGCCCUGGCUCGGGCCCUCUAUAGCCCAUGCCGAUAUGUGUUUCUCGAUGACUGUCUAAGCGCGCUGGACUGGCGUACUACAAACCACAUUUUUCGCCAUGCAAUUACAGGGCCCUCCAUGCGCAGUAGAACUUGCAUUCUAGCGACGCAUAAUACAGGGCUAGCUAUCAAGAAUUGCAAAUGGGUGGUUUUGCUUGACGCCGGAAGAGUAAAAGCACAAGGAACAGCUCAGGAGAUGGUGUCAAAUGGGCAUAUAAACCAUAAUACGCCCCAAGAUAGCACAACCAAGGCAGGUUCUUCGGCCCAUGCCGUGACAGAGGGCUUAGAGCCGUAUGAAGGAUAUUCGCAGUCUUCUAUUCCUGUGAACCGCAAGAACCAACCCAAAUAUAUGGAAAGUCGGUUUGAGGGUGCUGUAGGCUGGCCGGUUGUCCGGACAUACAUCAUGGCCAUGGGCCACUGGGGGUUCUGGAUUAUUGUCUUUGGUGGCUUUGCCAUACAGCAGUUCGCCGCACUCGGAGCCAAUAUCUGGAUCAAGGAGUGGACGUCCCAAUACGAUAAUAGAGAGGCAAAGGCUGUUGCCGCCGAAUACUAUAUAAUCAUCUAUGGCAUAAUUUGCCUCGGAUAUGCCAGUAUUACCUUUAUAUGUGACUUAGGCAUCUUUUUCGGUGCGCUUAGGGCGUCGAGUAGCCAAAUUACUAACCGGCUAUCUAAAGACGUUGAAGUCCUGGAUCAAUCUCUAGUCAUGUCUUCGAUCACGGCAGUCUUUAUAUUCCUGGCCUACGGGAUGAUGACCAUGAUAUACAUCCAUGGAGCCCGCGAUCUAAAGCGUAUAGAGAAUACCGAGAGGUCGCCGCUCUAUCAACAGUUUGGUGAGACUCUUGCGGGUGAUAUCAGUAUCCGUGCCUACGCAUACACGACGGCCGUCCUUGCAGAGAGCCGGCGUCUCCUUGACCGUCAGACACGGCCAUUCUUGCUACUUAGUGCUAACAGCGGAUGGCUAUCUUUACGCGUUGGCACUCUUAGUUCACUGAUUAUGUUUUUGGCUGGCGCUUUUAUCCUAUGGGAUCGCAAGUCUGUCUCUCCAGGAGCCGCAGGACUAGUACUCACGUUUGCUGCGUCCAUCACAGAAAACGUUAUGUGGUUGGUGCAAGUUUAUGCCAUCAUACAGCAAAAUCUCAGCUCACUAGAGCGGGUGUUAGAGUAUACCAAGAUAGAGCAAGAGCCGACUCGUCCGCUCAAGGCAGCUAUUGAACCUAUUCCAUCCGCCUGGCCAUCAAAAGGAGGCAUUACCUUCUACAACUAUACAGCGCGGUAUGCACCAGAACUGGAGCCAGCUCUCCAAGAAAUCAGCUUUACCGUUAUGCCUGGCCAGCGUGUUGGGAUUGUGGGCCGUACAGGUGCAGGUAAAAGCACUCUUACGAUGGCGCUAAUCCGUGGGAUUGAAGCCGACGGCGGGCAUAUAGAGAUUGACGGAGUAGAUAUCACCUCAGUUACACUGUACAAACUUCGACGUGCCGUCACAGUUGUUCCCCGGGACCCAUGGUUGUUCGCAGGAAAUCUUCGUGAUAAUCUGGUGCCGUUGAAGGACCAACAUCUCUAUAGUGAUGAAACUGGCUAUACUGAUGACACUCUACUGGAUGUCCUAUGUACUGUACGAUUGUUCCUAGGGGCUAGCAUCACUGCUACUGAUCUCGACCGGCCUGCAGAGACGCUUUCGCGUGGCCAGCGCCAGCUUCUGUGUAUUGCGCGAGGACUUUUGCGUCGGUCUCGGGUGUUGGUGCUGGAUGAGGCCACAGCCUCCGUCGAUCCUGCCACUGACGCUGCAAUCCAGACGGAUUAUGACAUUGUGAUAGUACUAGACAAGGGAAAAGUUGUUGAAGAGGGCUUGAUCAGAGACCUGCUUGCCCGGCGCGGAGAAGAUGCUAUAUUCUGA